GUGAUCCCGGGACGUGCCGUCAUGCUGAGAAUACCAUGGCACUCGGACCAAGAGCUUACCAUCCUGGGGGUAUACGCACCGAACGAGGCCAAAGAGAACUCCGAAUUCUGGAGAAACUUGAAACGAGUAUGGAGGACGGAGCGGCUCCCUAAACCCGAUAUGAUGAUGGGCGACUUCAAUCUAGUAGAAGAUAAGCUGGACCGCCUUCCGAUGCAUAACGACAACGGCGAAGCCGUGGAGGCCUUCCGCACCCUCAAGGCGAAAAUGGGCAUGCACGACGGAUGGAGAAUGGACCAUGAGGACUAUCUUCAGUACAGCUACACGCAGAACGCGACCGGCUCCCACUCACGAAUAGACCGCAUAUACGCCGCCGAGCAUACGCUCCGCAAUUGCAACGUCUGGUACAUAGAACCCCCCGGGGCAGUCCAAACGGACCACCGAAUGGUAUCCGUCCAGUUAACGGACGCGAGCAAACCGUUCAUAGGGAAGGGAAGAUGGGCUAUGCCCGCUGAAAUGCUAAAACACAAGGCAGUUAGGGAGAGCAUCGAAACAAUGACACGAGAACUGGAAGCGAACGUACAACUCGCCUGCAAACUGCCCCAUCGCUCCCCGACAUGGAACCCACAGACCCUCCUUGCAGACUUCAAGAAAGAGCUGGAGAGCGACGUACGAGACAUCCAAAGGAAACGAAUGCCGAAGAUCGAUAGGAAGAUCGCCGGCCUAAACCUCCGCCUAAGCCAGACCGUCAAUAACCGUGAGAUUGACGAAAAUGAACGCUCCAUACAAGGAGCGAUAAUA